AUGGCUACUACAAACAUUUUGCCUAAAGAAAUACGUUAUUCAGCAUUUCUUGCUUCUGCAACAAGCGGAAUUGUACUUGUAAUUUCAUUAUUUGCAAUGAUACAAAUUCAGCAAGAAAUUAGUGGAUUUUGGGAGGAAGUGGAUGCUGGUGUAAGGCAAUUUAGGGAAUCAAUAGAAGAAAAUUGGAAUGAUUUAAGGCGGGUUCGCCGUGAAGUAUACGAGCCUUCCGCACCCGAAUCGAAGCCUCCAGGAAUCUCAACAAAUACGAACGCCGCGUGUAAUUGUGCCACUGGAAGUAGUAAUAAAUGCCCUCCGGGGAUACCAGGGCCAAAGGGGGUUAGAGGAAAGCCUGGAAAUGAUGGAAAGGAUGGGUUGAAUGGAGUACCUGGAAAGGAUGCUUCUGAUGUUCAAUUAGCUCCUGAAUAUGAACGUUGUUAUUAUUGCCCCUCGGGUCAACAGGGAACGGUUGGUCCUACUGGCAAAUCGGGACCUAGAGGGAUGAAGGGAGUCAAUGGCAAGCCAGGAGUAGCUGGGAGAGAUGGCCAACCUGGCAGUCCUGGGGAUAACGGACCCCCAGGGGCUCAAGGGGUUGUAGGACAACCUGGUCCUAUUGGAGAGAAAGGACGCGAUUUUCACCAACAAAUAGGCCGUCCAGGUUCAAAGGGUCCAAAAGGACCCCCUGGACCUCAAGGCCCAAUCGGAAAUCCCGGAAUGCCAGCACCGCCGGGACCGCCUGGAGAAACGCCUGGAGAGAGGGGAAAUCCAGGCCCACCGGGAGAAGUCGGAAAGCCAGGACCUACAGGAUUUGAAGGAAACAAUGGAAAACCAGGACCCGAUGCUCACUACUGUAGUUGUCCACCUCCCUCAUUUACUAGCAGGACAAAAAGUAAUGGGUCUGUGGGCCGUGGACCUUAUAAGUACUACUUUGGAAUGUCAAGGCGAACUAAAGUUUAA